AAGAAGCCACUCACAAAAGAUCACAUAUUGCAUGAUUCCAUUUAUACGUAAUGUCCAGAAUAGACAAAUCCAUACAAAAGUAGAUUAGUGGUCGCCUAGGACUAAGGGAAUUGGAAGGAGGGGUGACAGUUAAGGGAUUUAGUGUUUCUUUUUAGGGUGAUGAAAAUGUUCUAAAGUUGAUUUAGUGAUGGUUGCCAAACUAUGAAUACGUUAAAACCCAUUAAAGUGUACGCUGUAAAUUGGUGACUUGUAUAUCUCAAUAAGGCUAUUGAAUAAAAGGCCAACGGAGUCCUUAAAAUUUAGCGGUUUAUCAAAUUUAAGAAAUCCUUUUGAUUGGGCUAGAGAACAUCUAGAGAAGAUGGAGGAAUGAUUGAGGAUAGCUUAAAAUAAUUACAACUCAUGUCUGGAAAGAUUUAAGCAUAUUAAAAUCUGAAGGAUUGGGUGAGAGGCUACCAUUUGUGUUUUGUGUUAGGUGAUGUGCCCUUACGUUAGUUUUACGACGGAGUGAGUUACCUUAGAAUUACAGAAGUAGAAAAUGACAGAGCCAAGUUGCUAAUUCAAAUGAGCUUAAAUCCAAAGGCACUUUUUCCUGUACCAGCUUGGCUUCCCUAUGGAAAGAGUUGAGGAGGGCAAGGAAAGCAGCGAGUGGGAGAAUCAAGUUGCUGGGAGUGUUUUAUGAGUGAAAACCGGGUAGACAGAGGACGAGAGAGAACUUCAAGUUAUUAGUUCUGUAUCCUUGUGCAGGAACAUUCAUUUCUGUGGAGUUAUGAUGUUGUGUCUUAAGAUGUUAAUAAAAAAAAAAUAUACCCAGCUUUGUUAGGAAAUUAGUCCCCCACACCAGCAACUGCUUUGAAACUUGGGGCUUCGUCUUAUGCCGUCCUCCUUAAUGUGGUAUUCUUCAGAAGGCUGAAAAGUCCACUUUCCUUGCUUUUUUCUUCUGAUUACCUUAUGGGGCAGUUCUACUCUGUCACACGGGUUCCCUAUGAGUCGAAAUGGACUCCACGACACCUAACGACGACAGCAACAACACUCUAAAAAGAGCAAUUCGCUCUACUAGAAUCGCGGACGCCAGCUGCGCAGACAGCGCGCCAGCCAAACUCUAGCCACAGCCUCUGCGCUUGCGCACCGCUUCCGCCUCCGCCUCCGCCUCCGAAGCGCGCGCCCUGGUGGUCGCCAGAGGCUGUCACUCUGCCCAGAACCUGUCGCUUGUUCAGUCGGCACCUGUGACCUGUCAGCGACGGCGCCAACCGCUCAGCGUCUGCGCGAACUGCGGUAUCGGUCACCAUGGCAGCAACCGCUGGAAGCCUGGGAUCUUGGAGUGAAAACAUACUGGAACAUUUUCUGAGAAAUAACCAGAUUACAACAAAAGACGGCGCAGAGAUCACCUGGUAUCAUGCAGCUAACCACAAGGCUCAGAUGAAUGAGGCACUAAAAAGCACUGCUCACAUGAUAGAGGCUGAUGUCUUUCUUCCUGAUGAUGGAUCAGAACAUGGCCAACCAAUCAUGGCCCAUCCUCCUGAAACAAGCAGUGAUAAUACUCUACAGGAGUGGCUGGCUGAAGUUGUGAAAAGCGAUAAAGGCAUCAAGCUGGAUUUCAAGAGUCUGGCAGCUGUAGAACCAUCCAUGAUGCUCUUGGAAAGUGUGAAGAGGCAUCUGAAGCGUCCUGUGUGGAUUAACGCUGAUAUUCUUCCUGGUCCAAAUGGAAAUGGCAGAGUAAUGGAUGCAAAACUAUUUAUAGAUACUGUCACAUCGUUCUUUCCAGAUGUGACAUUUUCCCUGGGUUGGACAACAGGAUGGCAUCCUCAGAAAGUCAACGAAGGUUACAGUUGGACAAUGGUGAAGGAGAUGGAAUUUAUAUGUCAUGAACUAAAUCAGCCUGUAACAUUUCCUGUCAGAGCAGCCUUAGUCAGACAGUCUUGUUCUCAGUUACUUUGGCUGUUAAAGAAAUCUGGCAGGUACAGCCUGACUAUUUGGACUGGAAAAGAUGAUAACUAUUCCAUUGAAGAUUUACUUUGCAUUAGAGACCAUUUUGACAAAAGCCAAGUUUUCUAUGACAUCUUGGAACCACAAAACUAUGAAUUUAAACAAGCCAUUGGAAUCAAAGUUAAUCUCUAAGAAGAAGGGUCUUAUAAAUUAUUUCACGUCUUGAUUUUGUAAGCCUUCUUUGCUUUGAUCUGAAUCAAUUACUGUAUAAAUUGAUCAUUGAUUUGUGCUCCAAUUCAGCCAGUCAAAAAAAAAACACUUAUUGAGUGCUUACUCUAUUAAGAAUAUGUCCCUAUAAUACUACACUUACCUAAAAGAUUUGCAAAGAAGAGAUUUCAGUCUAAUAUAUAAUCAAUUAUUAACCUAGUAGUUAAUAACUUAGUAAGUUAAUUAUUAAUAUAAUAAGUCAGAGAAAGUCUAACAAUAAGCUAGGAAAAGGAUGCUCUGAAACCUUUAUAAAAAGUAAUUUUGAUCUACUGAAGAGGAUUGAAAGAACCCACAUGUGUUAUAGUAGCACGGGCAUAAAUUACUUUUGUUAGCACUUGCAUUACAGAGGUGCCACAAAAUGUGGCAUAUGCUUUCCCUUCUUCUAGAAAACUGGUUAUUUCAAAAGAGUAACAGGGCUUAAAAAUACUUUAAACUUUCACAAGGGUGAGCAGCUUUCUCAUACAAACAUCAAAUCCAUUUACUGAAAACGAUAUAGAUUAAAGUGGAUGGAUCUAGAAUUUCCAUAUUAUUGCGAAGCAUACUAGCAGCAGUAUAUGUUUUUGUAUUCUUUGUUUCUAUUAUAGCAUCUUAUUUACAGUGAGCAAAAUACUACUGGAGAGCAGAGCUUUAAUCCUUGUAUUAUAUCAUUUGUUUUCCAAGUUUCUCACCAGCAUCGCCAUAAUCCAGCACCGUGUUCUCCUACUAGAAUUUCAUGAGCUACCCCUUCAUGACUUCAUCUCUCACACUACUCAGAGACACCCUGAGUAUUUCUGUUAAACAAAACUUUCUUAAACACCUCUUUAUGCCAAAUCAAAAACCUGUAGGGGCUUCCUAAAUUUUAUUGAAUUUUCCUCUUUAAAGACCCUCUAUAAUGUGGUCCCACCCUAAAAGUGAACUCUGUGUCCUCCAACACAGUCCCUCAUUUCAAGAAUGCCUAUAACAUCAAUGAUUUGUAGAUCUAACAGUUAAUUUUAACUAUCUGAUAUUGUUCACUAAUGGUGCCAUGUAUGUUAUGUCUCCUAAGCUAGAUUAAAGUAUCUAAAGUAUUAAGUAUCUUUUUCAGGGCCUGGCAUAGUCCUGAGCAAGGCAUUCAGAAAAAAACAUAUUGCUUCUUUGAUUUACUGAGAAUGUAAUUUACCAAUGAUUGUCCUAAGACAUGUAAUUUGUCAUUUGUUAAUCAGCCAUUUUUCUCCAAGAAUGAAGUGUUUCUGUGUAGAGAAAAGAGCAUGGGUUUUGAGGUCAGACAGACUUGGCUUUAUAGCCCCACCUUUGUUCCUUACUAAUUCUAGACUUUGGGAAAUAUUUAACCUCACUGAGUCUUGGUUUCCUCACCUGAAAAAUGAGGGGGAAAUGAGAAUUCUCUUGUAGGCUUCUUGUGAGGAUUGAGAUCAUGUCAUAGAAGCAAGCAUCUAGUUCAAUGCCCAUCAUGUACUAUGUGCUCAACAGAUAGAGUUAGUUCUCCUUCUUUUGUACUUACCAUGUCCAUGUCUACUGAUAGAUAAGACAGGCAGGCAGGCAGACAGAUAGAUAGACAAACAGUUAAGGGAUAUAACAUGAAACAUUUAGACAUAUAAAUACUUGAAGACAAUGACAAUAUUUCCACUUUAAAUUUUAGCUUCAGCUGAAUGCAGUAUCAAAUAAUACCUAAAACUUUACUUUCUGUAGUUGUUUGCCAGAGGCAAAAGGUGCAAUUUCGUAACUAUAAGAACAUAAUUUUAACAAAGAAUAACUUAAAAAUAUAGUAAAAAAUAAUGUUUAAUAUAUAAAUUUUCUACAGUGACCAUGCAUUACUUUUGUAAAGACUUGAAUUUAUAAAUGAAUUGCAUUUUGAUGACGUUUUAAAUACAAUUUAUUUGUUCAGAAGAUUAUUUUUACUAUUUAAUUAUUUGACGCUUGAUAAUAUUUAAAAUAUUACUGUUACAGCAAACUUCUUUUAUAAUGAGAAAUCUGUCAACCGAGUGUCACUAAGAUUAAGGUUUGUAAGUAUAUUUUAAAGUGUUUUCAGGAACAAAGAGAAUUGUAACAAGUAUUCUGUUGAAAAGUAAAUUUUUAAUGGAUACCUGUCUU